CAUGCUUAUGCUAACAUAACUCUCGAACAGAAUUAAAAUGCCAACCCGAGAACUCCAGCCUACCUGCCGUUCAAUCCACACUACCAAAACAUAUACUCAUGGGUUUUCGGAAUUGUCUCCGCAUUAUCGCUGUUUACCAGACCUACCCACGUACAUUCUAUCCAUCUAACAACCAGGACCAAUCUCGACUCCAUUUUCCCGCCUCACCAAACAGUUUCUUUUCCAUUUCUCGGACCAAGCGAGGCUUAUUCAUUUUUCAUUUUUCUUUUGGUGUAAAAGUUCUCAUGCGCUCAUCCUCCAUGUAUGCUUGUUCUGCUUUGUGUUUUUUGUGGCUUUUUGUUUCUGAUAUUGUGGGUGGGUAAGAAUUAUAGAUAGACUAACUAUGACAUUAUGACUUGGAUGGAAGCAGUGCCUAAUUGGAUUGAAUGUUGCAUUCACAUUGCAC